GUAAUCAAAUUAAACUGACGAUCGUACAGUAAGCUGUCAAAAGCUUGUUGCUUAAAUCUGUGCAGCGCUACAGUAAAGUAAUGAAGCAACGAGGUCGAAACAACGAGCUAUAAUUCUACGAACAGAGCGAUAAUUAAAUGGGUUGUUAAACAGACAUUUUGGGAGCACUUGCCAUCUUGUUUUCGUUAACGUUAGUUCACUUGGACUGCAGUGUCGUCUGUCCUAGCUGGUGCGUGAUUGCUGUUUCCUUCUGGGAAGCGGUUCAUCCUUGAUGAUGAGAUCCCCAGCUUGAAGUUGGUCCGUCUACAGACUCAAUUAAGCACCCACACAGGAUACCUCAGCUGCAAGUCCUCUGCUACCACUUUGCACAACGUCAGCGCCUAAGCCAUAAUAUAAGAGGACAGAGAUAAUGACCUGAGAAUGAAUGAGAAUUAAAUUCCCCUCACUUGUCUGAUAUUUAUGGGCACCAUCAUUUGUGGAAUAUACACUUGAAUGUGUCACAGAAAAACAUACAUCUGCAGUUGUUUCUUUUUGAUGGGUGAUUUCUCAGUGAUUGACCAGCCAUCUGAUCUUUCUGCUCCAGUUGAUGGAGGACUCACCAGGUUGUUUUAAAAGAGGACUUUGCACAUAGAGCCAACCUACAGUUUUUGGUGUAUUAGGCACAAUAAGAUUGACUUAAAAUAAUUUAUGAAUGGCGUUGAACAUGUCUUCAGUAAGAGACACAAAAUGGCUAACUCUGGAAGUCUGUCGACAGUUUCAGCGAGGAAACUGUUCACGUAGUGAUGAGGAAUGCAAAUUUGCUCAUCCACCGAAGAGCUGCCAAGUUGACAAUGGGAGAGUUGUUGCCUGCUUUGACUCCCUGAAGGGCCGAUGCUCAAGAGAAAACUGCAAGUAUCUUCAUCCACCUUCACACUUAAAAACCCAGUUAGAGAUAAAUGGGCGCAACAACCUCAUCCAGCAAAAGACAGCAGCAGCUGUGCUUGCCCAACAGAUGCAGCUCAUGAUCCCAGGACACAGCAUGCAGCCUGUGCCAACAUUUCAUGUUACACAGGGACUGGGCACAAAUACUGGUCUUAGUUAUGGUUCAUACAUGACACCUUUGAGCCAUGGAAUGAGCCUCAUCCCAACAGACAACCUCUCCAGCACCCAGGUUCUUGUUUCUGGGAGCCCCCCCGUCACGGUCCAGAGCUCCUCCUCCUCUUCUUCUUCUUCUUCUCCCUCACAGAAGCUGCAGCGUUCGGACAAACUAGAGGUGUGCCGCGAGUUUCAGCGGGGAAACUGUGCAAGAGGGGAGACAGAUUGCCGCUUCGCUCACCCCAGUGACAGCCCAAUGAUUGACACCACAGAUAACACUGUCACUGUUUGCAUGGACUACAUCAAGAGCCGCUGCUCCAGGGAGAAGUGCAAGUAUUUUCACCCGCCUGCACAAUUGCAGGCCAAAAUCAAAUCCAGUCAACAGCAAGUCAAUCACACAGCCGUCGCAGCCCAGGCUGCAGCCAUGACUCAGUCGACUGCCAAAGCAAUGAAGCGAUCCCUCGAGGCAACUGUAGACCUGGGCUAUCCCUACAGUGUACCCCUACCAAAGAGACCAGCUUUUGAGAAGAGCAACUGGGCCAGCUCUCUCCUCAGCCCUAGUUUUUUGCACUACCAACAGGCUCUAGCCAACUCACAGCUGCAGCAGCCCACUGCUGCAUUUUAUCCCACAGGUUCUUUCUUCUGCAUGGCUCCCGCUAACAGCAUGGUCCCCAUGAUGUACAGUGCUACGCCUGCUACUGUCUCUGCAGCAACUACUCCCGCCACAAGUGUCCCCUACGCAGCAACAGCACCAGCCAAUCAGAUCAUCCUCAAGUAACCACCAGAAACAGAAGUCCGUGCCAUGUUGCUGCUGUUAAAGACGCCAAACAGCUGCUCUGUAAAUAUUCUGUUAACACCACACACUAUCUACAACAAUCUCCAUGCUGAUAACCUCACUGAAGAAAAGGUUGUAGACAUUACUUUGAUCUCUCAUUAUAAAUUACAUAGCUCAAUUACUAGGAUUAUACUGCGUUAGAUAAGUGUCACAGAAGAUUAUUGUAUGCACGCACCUUUGCACCUGCAUUAACAUGCAUCCUCAGUAGUGUGCAUAAUAUCCUGGUUUCUAUUUCCUAAUCCAAUUCUGACAGAGGUCAGAGGUGCAUUUAGCCUCUUAAUCAGCUGAAAUGCAAUGUGUCUCCAGUUCACAUAUAGGAGCCUCAAAAGGAAAAUAAGUUUUCUGAACAAAUCCAACCAGGAAACACAUGGAAAUCAAACAAAAACAGGCAGUGCAGGUACAGUAGUAACACCUAAUAUUAACUGAUAUUGAAACAUGCUGAAAUGUUGUUCACUGACAGUUUAAAAGUAUGUAAAUAGUACAAGAGGAUGGGAUGAGCAUGACAGAUCUAAUCUGAAAACAAUACAUGUUAAGACCAGGUGUAAAGGGGUCCUAUAUUGUUUAAAUUGUAUCCUCAACAUAUUGAGCAACAAAUUAUUUUUCCUUUCUUGAAUAUGUUAUGUAAACUAAAAUGUUUUUUCACAUUAAUGAUUGUUUAUCUAGUGCCAGCUUUAAUUAUUUCAAACAAACUAGUAAAACACACUUAUUUUAACUUUGAACUUUGAAUUCUACAUUGUAAAAAUUACGAAAGUUUCCUUUAAAUGUUCUGAGGGUAGAUCAUCUAUAUAUAUUGUAUAACCUGUCAUCCCCAGAGAACAGGAUCAGUGCUCCACCUCCUGGUGUGCCUUUGCAUUGCAUAUACAGAAUGUUUGCUGCAGAUACUUUUUUCUUGAAGGCAGUGAGUGAAGCAACAAUGAUUCAAACAUUUAGGUUUUACCCUCUUUAUUAUAAAUUUAAAAGAAAUCCCAAAUAUUUGGGUUAUUGGUCACAGUGAUGGUUGACUUGCUGAUGUAUCUGGAAGUGGUUUUCACUGGAGCCAGUUUCACAAAGAUAUACUUUGACUAUGGCUUAGGUCAAACUAAUCAGUCAGUUUUCAGAUGUUUGAAUGAAUAUGCUGCACAAAGAUGUCUAGUUCUUAAGUAUCUUAAGUAGGACUAAUGGCUGACCACGUAACCACAGGAAUCCGCUUAGCAGAAAAUGUUCUGAUUCAAAAGUUAUAAGGACAUUGUACUGGGAAGAUUCCCCUUCUCAUUUCUCGCUCCGCCAUAUUGUUAGAAACCGAUAAAUUAUGAGUCAUGUUCUCCUCCUUUUUGUAGAUUGGUGACACUGCUCAGCAGGUGUCACUGAUUGUUACCAUGGAAACACUGGUCAACAGGUGUCACUGAUAGUUAAUAUGGAAUUAUCUUAGUUCUAAAUUUGGCUGCUGGUAGGGUCACUCACGUUUUCGGCUUAACAUAAGUCUAUCUUUAUUUUUGUAAGACUGUCUAACUUGCAUCAACGAAAUCUAUGUGCAAAAUCAGAACGGGCCUUACAUUACAGACCAGUCUAAAAUAUCUUUAUGAAACCAGCUCCUGGUUCAACAUGAACAUUUAGCAAACCAUGUUUUUAAUAAGAGCCUCCACAGCCAUUGACUCAGUAAAGGGUGUUAGAAUUACUACCACUCAAAUUCAAACUGAAGUCCCUGUAAUCCCAUCAGGGAUAAAUUGAGUAGUGUGUGAACUGUCAGUCUUAAUGUUACAGUCAGUUGUCAGUACUGUAUUAUUUGAAUGUUACAAGUGCCUAAAGAAUUGUGCAGAUGAGGAUAUCCCUGCAUAUUUAAAAGGCUUUGUGUGAAAAAUCACUCGAUUAAAUCUACUCUACUUAAGUCACAUUUAGAGAGAAAUGUUUUGCAAUGCUACGUUAGUGCAUUAAGUCUUUCAAUUAAUUUUCACAGAGGAAAUUUGUGUGAGUGUACUAUGUAUAAGAGUUGAUAUCAAGCUUAAUUUCAUGUGUUUCAAUUUUAAGAUGAUUAAUGUAUGACAAUUGUUUCCAAAUUAGUUUCAUGCACAGUACAAUACUUUUAAGGAGGUAGAUGUUUGGUGAAGUUUUAGUCGUGUAUGCUUGAUACCACAUUAUGCAAUUACCCGUCUUUUGUUUGAAACUGACAGCAGACAGAGUGGGUAUUGUGUCUGGUUAAGUAAAAAACAAAACAGAUGUUAAAAACAGUUUUCACUCAUAUAUGUAACAUUCUCUUCAAUAAUUUUCAUGUAAGUUUUAGUUCCUUGUUUUGCAAACAGCUUGUGCAAAUAUCAAUAUUUGAUAUAAGUUUUUGUUUUUUAUGAAAAUGUGUGUGUACAAUUAUGUGUGAUUAACUCUGACAAUCCACCAAGAGAUACUUCAUUUGUUCACAUUUUCUUUUUCAUUUGUUAUGAAAAGUUUGACACAUUAUUGGUUGGAAUAUAAGGAGUAUAUUUAGAGUAUACUACUGCAUAUUUUACUAGUUUAACAUUAGAAAAGAAGGCUUUUAAACUGUAUUCUCUUCUAUUUUAUGAUGAAUGUAAUUUAUUAAACUGACUUUAGCUCUGCUGGAGGUUCCUCAAAGGGCCUUGAUCUGUUGUAUUAGCCUAUGAUAAGCCGUCUUGUGUCAAGGGUUUAAAUGUUGGAGCAAAAAAAAAGCUUAAAACAUUUCAUCCCUGUCACUGCCUUGUCACCUGUGAGGGACAACAAACCUUUGUAUGAGCAAGGCAAUAGAAUUGCUUUUAAUGUACAAAAGUGCAUUGUACAGGCCACAUUUUAUGAAAAGUAACUUUCAUAAUAGUGUAAUAAUAGUUUGUCAUUUAAUUGUUUUGAUGUGUUGCUGAGGCAAUCUGAAGUUGCAGUGAUUAAAAACUGUAUUUUUGUAGGGGAUGCUUUUGUUUUUCCUCCUCACAAUAACACAUUAGAUUGUACUGUCAGAUAUUUCACUUUAUUAUGCCAUGGUGAAACACUGUAAGUGAUCCAAUGCAUGAGAAUAUAUUUUGAAAUGUAAAUUUUGUGUUUUAUAUGGUUUUCACUGCAUGUUAACAUCUUGCAGCAAACAUAUAAUCCACCCUCAGAGAAUCUGCAGUCAGGGGGUCAGCAGUUGAUGGUUCAGCGGCUGUUUGAACCUUCAUUUUCUUUUCAUAUGUUUGCUUUUCAAGUUUAGGUUGUAAUUAGAUAUAUGACAUGUGUUCCCUUAUUUAUUUUACCUGCAAAUAAAAAGGCAUAUAGCCAAAUGUUUGUUUUACACCUUUUGGCAAAAAGCUUGAAUGUCAUGGAUACACCCACACAUGGAGGUUGUUUGAGAUUUGGGUCACCCAGUCAAAAAGAUGUGGACAGUAAGAAUGUUUGGUCUGACUGACUAAAGCACUUUCUCAACCGUCAGACUGAGAGGACAUGCUUUUUGUAAACUUUGCCUUAUCUUUAAUCUAUUCCUAAGUUUGUAUUUGUUCAGUAACUAAGAAUUUCAUUUUGUCUAAUAAAUAAAACUCAUUUCACUGAA